AUGGAGAUUCAACGGGCCCACAAAUCUCACCUGCUGGAGAGGUCCAAGUGUCUGAUGGAGGGACUCACACAUCAGGGAAGCUCCACACUGCUCAGAAAGAUCUACACAGACCUCUACAUCACGGCAGGGGGAGGAUGGGGUGUCAAUAAAGAACAUGAGGUCAGACAGAUAGAGAAGGCAUCCUGGAGAGAAGCGGCACAAGACAGGCCAAUCAAAUGCAGAGAAAUCUUGGAUCGCUUAUCUCAACAACUCAGUCAGUUAUCUUAUCAAGUCAAGGCCUCAUCUAAACAAGCCAAACAGAUGUCUGAGCAAGUCAAACCUAUUGGAAUAGUGCUCACAAAGGGAGUGGCUGGCAUAGGAAAAACCGUCUCUGUGCAGAAGUUCAUUCUUGACUGGGCUGAAGGCACGUCCAAUCAGGAUGUCGACUUCAUAUUUCCUCUUCCUUUCCGAGAGCUGAACCUGAUGAAGGAGAAAACCAUCAGUCUAGUUAAUAUCAUUAAGCACUUUUCCUCAGAUGUGAAGGAUCCAAGAGUCUUAAUCAGUUUAGAGAACAGAGUCAUGUUCAUCUUUGAUGGUCUGGAUGAGUGUCGACUUCCUCUAGAUUUCCGCUCCAACCCAAAGUGCUGUGAUGUGACAGAGUCAGUUCCAGUUGACGUCCUUCUGACAAACCUCCUCAAAGGAAAGCUGCUGCCCUCUGCUCUCCUCUGGAUCACCACUCGACCAGCAGCAGCCAAUCAGAUCCCUCCUGAGUAUGUCAACCAGGUGACAGAAAUAAGGGGAUUUAACGACCCACAGAAGGAAGAAUACUUCGUGAAGAAGCUCUGUGAUGAGAGCUUGGCCAGCAGAAUCAUCGCUCACCUGAAGUCAUGCAGGAGCCUCUUCAUCAUGUGCCACAUUCCGGUCUUCAGCUGGAUUUUAGCUACAAUAGUGGAGAGGACAUCAGAUGGAUCAGGGAGUGUAGAGAUGCCAAGGACUCUCACCCAGAUGUACACACAUUUCCUGAUCAUUCAGGUCAGAAUUAAAAAUACCAAAUACACCGAGCUAGAAGAGAGAGACGAAGAGAUGAUUUCCAAACUGGGCAAACUGGCUUUCCAACAGCUGGAGAGGCGAAAUCUGAUCUUCUAUGAGGAAGACCUAAGGCAGUGUGGCAUUGAUGUCACAGAAGCAUCCGUCUACUCAGGAGUGUGUACUCAGAUCUUCAGAGAGGAGGCUGGACUGUACCAGGGGAAAGUAUUCAGCUUUGUGCAUCUCAGUAUCCAGGAGUUUCUGGCAGCGUUAUAUGUGUUCCUCUGCUUCAUCAGCAGAGGAAGAAAAAUGUCUGACCAACAUCAAACCUCUCAGCUCUCUGCUCUGUUCGGGGCGUCAAAGCUUCAUGACCUACACAAGACUGCAGUGAAUCUGGCCUUACAGAGUAGGAAUGGACACCUGGACCUUUUCCUUCGUUUCCUCCUCGGCCUCUCACUGGAGUCCAAUCAGAACCUCUUAAAUCACCUAAUGGCACAGACCAACAGCCAGUCACAAAGCUCAGAGCAAACAGUUCAGUUAGUAAAACAGGAGAUCAGAGGUCAUAGGGAGCCUGGCAGAAGGAUCAACCUGUUCUACUGUCUGAAUGAGUUGAAUCAGCAUGCUGUAGUGGAGCACAUUGACAAGAGCUCUGGAACUCUGACUGUAGAGAUGCUCUUACCAGGACAGUGGAAGACUGAGAAGUUUAUGUUCAAUACUUCAACACAGUAUCUGGAUGGGUUUGACCUGCAGAAGUACAUACAGACACCAGAGAUGGAUCAGACUGACCUCCUGAGCCCAGAUGACGUCCUCCAGAAGCUGACUGAUGUGUUCACUUCAUCCACAUCAGCAGAAGGGCGUACAUUUUCCAUGGAGCAGUGUGGGAUUGGAGAAGUGUCCUCUGUCAAGGCAGAGUUGUUCCUAUAUGGUCUCUGCCCUGACCUCACACUCCUCAAGUCUCACACAGCUGACGCUGAAGGGCCCAGCAUCAUCAUCAUCACUGACUCUGUCGUCUCCAGCUGGGUGUCGUCCAGACUGCAAGACCUGGGAGUUGAGACUGUGUCUUGA